UAAAAGCAUAUUUUAUAUACAAUGACUAAUCUAUUAAGUGUUAAAUAGUAACAAAAAAACAAUAUCUUGUUAGCAGAUUACAACUACAAAAAUGACAUGUAAACUAUUCCAUCGACUUAAGCUAGAAAAUCAAUUAAAAGCAAUGGCAGUGAAAAUUCAUAAAAUAAUUAAAUUUAGCAAAAACAAUGCGUUAGUAAACCUAGAUCAAUAUCUUAUAAUUAAAAAGGAAAUUUACAAAAUAAACAGUAAAUUACUUCUAAUUUUGAAAAAGAAGAAAGUAAAACGAGUAUAGAAAGUUCUUAAUUUGUAGUGAAAAGCUAAUACUCUAAACAGAAAUGCAGAAGAUAAACUUUAAUGAUGACAGGAUAGGAAUUUGAAGCUAAAAAGCUACAAAUUACAGAUUUAGAUCAACAACAAAAAAUAGAAAUUUUAAAAAGACUUUGCAACUUAAAAGCAGUUAAAACUGAUAAAGAUAAUUAGCUUAUAUAUGAUAUCCUCAAAGAAAAUUAAUAUAUAAAAUUUAUAAAAGAUACAAAAGGAGAAUAUUUUGUUUUGUCUAAAGUUUGCCCUAAUAUUAAAAUUGUUUACAAGCGAUAAGGAGAAAUAAUAUAUGAAUAAGAUAGUUAAAGCCAAGGUUUUUAUGUUGUAAUACACGGGGAGUGUGAAGGUAGGAUGAAAAACUAUUAUACUGGAGAAGUCAGAUUAAUAACUGAUAAAUACAUAGAAGGCACUGAAUUUGGAAAUAUUGAAUUACUAGAUUAAAAAACAAGGAUUCAAACUGUAAUUAGCAAAACAGAGACACUGCUUAUGUACUUCGAUACUAAUGUGCAAAAAUAGUUUUUUCAAUCAAUAUAAAAAACUCAGUUAGACUAUUUAGUUGAUAUGCUUCUUUUGUUUCCAUGCUUUCAAAAUUAUGGAAAAAGAAAUUUAUUAAGUUUUUUACCAUUUUUUACUUUCUCAACAUACAAUCGCAAUCAAAAAGUAUAUUAAACAUCAUAACUCAGCGAUUAUAUUUAUUUUAUAAUUUCUGGGGAUUUUAAAGUUUAUUAGAAAAUCAAUAUGAACAAUGAUAUUACUCUAGAUUAACUUUUAAAACUUCCUUCAAGAUUACUUACUGAUGAAAAAGACAAGUACUCUCGUUCAAUAGAAGUUUCUGUUGUUGGCUCUGGCUAAAUAUUUGGAGAAGAAGAAAUAAUCAUGAAUGAAAAUAACCGAAAGCAAGAUGUGGUUUGCUCUUCUCCUUUAGGAUAGGUUUUACUGCUUCAUAAAGAAGAUUAUGUCUUUAAAUUUGCGAAUGAUCAGUACUUUAGUGAAAUUUUUAAAUCACUUGUAACUUAAAAAAGAUAGUUCAGAGAGCAGAGAUUAAAAGAAAUUGAAAAUAUUUCUAAAACUACAAUUAAUACAGAGGAAUAAAAUUACAAUAAAAAUGUUAUCACAAAAAAAAUUAAGCUAAAACUCGAAGACAGAGUUUUGGAUUUACAAAAAAAGGGUCUUAUUAAAUCUAAAUUCGAGUUUUAAAUUCAUAAAAACUAAAAGCAGUAGCAGGAAUAAUUACAAUAAGAUUAAAUUGCAAAUGCAUCUUCUAGGAUAUCAAGUCCUUCAUAAAGUUGCAGAAGAUAAAAUACAGGAAGCCCAAUUCAAUUAAGAACAGCAAAUAAAAAAGCAAGAAAUUAAACAAAGUCUUCAAUGAACACUGAAAGAGAAAAGAGAUCUGAAUAAUUAAAUAACUCUUCUUAUUUAAAUUUUGAUAAAGGAUCCAAUUUUAAAAAUGAUAUCAAGAUUAACACACUUAACAGUUUUAAUGAAAGUCAAUAAAUUUUUAAUUUGCAGAAUUCAAGGGUGGUACAAAAUAAUGGUUUAAUUGGAAGAGAAGUUAUACCAGCUAUAUUAAUUGAUAAAAAUUACACUGACAAUCACAUAAAUAUAUUUUACGAAAGCUAACUCUUGACUAGUGUAAAAUAAAAGUCUCCAAAGUAAUAGCAUCAUUAGGAUUCAGUUAAAUUAAAAAGCAUAGGCAGUCUGGGAUAGCUCAGUGAUUAGAGCUAAAAGAUUUCAAUUAACAGCGAAAAAGAGCUAUCAAGCACACUUAAUUUUAAGAGAAUCAAACAAAAAAAUACUUUAGAUAAGGGAGAUUUUUAUGGGGUUGAUUACAGUGGUGAUAUUUCUGUCAAAUGUGAGACGAGCCCAAGCUAAAGAAGAAGCAAGUAAAAUAAAUAAAUAAUUUCCAAAGAAAAUACUUGCUAUGAAAGCCCCUAUAAAAAUAAAGAUACAUCUUAAGACAAAUUGGUUAAUCUUUAUAAAUAAAAAAGAAGUAAAAGCAAUUAACAAGAAAGCAGCAUUCAUUUUGACCCUUAAUUUAUAAAUAAAUUGGAUGAUGUAGAUGAUGAAUUAUCUAAAACUUUAUAAACUGUUUUCUAUAAUAACUAGCUAAAUCUUUAUCAAGCCCAAUAAAAUAAGUAAGAGAAUCAAAAAUCUUAUGGUGAAAUUAUGGAAAAUAGUUAAGCUGAUGAAUUUACUUCAUAAAUUGAUGAGAAUACCUAACCAAAACAAAAUUACAAUAAUUUCCAAAAACCAAAAACUACUUUAGCUAGUAUAAGAUCACCAUAGGACGAGCCAUAAAAGAUAUACGAUCCAACUGGAAUCAACAAAUACCUGAGAAGAAUAUUUUAUGGGAAGCAAAGAAAGAAAAAUUACACUGAGCCUCAUGGAAGCUACAACGAAAUAAAUGAUAAAUCUUACAACAACACAUAGAGAUCGUUUGCAACAGAUAAAGAAAACAGCCCAGAAAAACAUUAAAAAAGAAAUGCUUCUUUGGAGGAAAAAUUUGUUCGCUAAUUCAAAAAAAAUAAAAAUGAAACACUGCAAAACUCAUCUUACCAACAAGUAAUGAAAUCUGUUGAUAAAAAGCAACUUAAAAUGUAGUUGUAUAAAAAAAAUAUUUUAAGAGAUUUUGGUGAAAAAGAAAGAUACAAUAAAUUUAUAAAACCCUAAGGAGUUAAAAAAGACUACUAUUGCUUUGAGUAUGUUAAUUCUAGGUUGAGUUCGCAAAAUAAUUUGGAUGAUGAAAAUUAUCAAAAAUAUUCUUAAAUGGUUUAACAAGAAUACUAAAAAUUCAAGUAGCAAAGUAACGAAACAUUCGAUUAGCAGUCUGUAGUAAGAGCUGGCUCUCCGUGCGAACUUGAUUUUCAUACAGCUUAUAACAGUGAUUUUUAAAAUAUAAAAAACAAACCAAACCUCAAUGAAACAGAACCUAAUAUUAGUUAAUCUUAACUCCAUAAUGUUAGAGUAUCAUCUUACAGCAAGAAGAGAAAAAUUCUUAAAAUUGUUAAUGACCCUAACACUAAAAAAAUUAUUAUUUUAAAUGCAAACAAAGCAAAUGAAACAUAGAUUUCUUAAAAAUGUGAAUCAUAAACAAAAUAAAUAGACGCUUUAUAGCAAAAAGUUAGAAAUUUGUAAUAAAACAUAGAAUAAAAUAAGAAGUAAAAAGAGUUACUUCAACUGAAUGAAUUGAUAACAACCAAAGAUGUCAUAAAUAAUUGUUUUAUACCUUCAUCUAAUGAACCUCGUUACAAAAAGUAAAAGCAUUAGAAAUUUGUUAAUCAUAAAUCUAAUACUUCAGAAAGUAAAAAAUUCACUUAAACUUUUGAAUAUGUAGGUGAUUUGAAAAGAUAUUCACCAUCCCCAUUCCGAUUAGCUACAAUAGACAAAUGA